ACCUGUUGAUAUUUUGAUAUUUGGAUGUUUGUGUUCGCAGAACGACAAACUACAAUAAUUGUGAGCUGCCAGCCACUACGAACAUCGUGGAUCGGCCAUUGACAAACAACAAUUAACAAGCCAUCGGCAACGGGCAACGGGCAUCGAGCAUCAGCCAUCGGGCAUUGCAUCGUUUUAUCAGCGUUUAUUUGGAGCUGUGCGGCAAACCUGAAUCAAACCCCCCUUGCCACCUCGCCCAGCAGCAGCUGAAAGUUUGUUUGUGUUGUUGUUUUUUUGUUCGAGUGAAAGCGUGUGAAAAGUAGCCCCUUAACAUUGGCCAACAGUCAAGCCACAGUCGAGGCCGAAGCCCCCAAAUGUCUCGCCCUUUCGUUGGGUGAGUGUGCACCAACACCCUGAAGUAUCCGUGUCCAUAUCCAUAUCCAUAUCCUGUGUUGCGGCCAGCCAAAACUUCCGGUCAACUAGCGUGAACAAAAUGAAACCGCAACUGUUGCACCUAUCCAGCCAAGCUCCAACAUCUUCGAAAUCGAACUCAGCAUCAUCAGCCACAGCAUCAUCAUCAGCCACAUACCGAGUUCAGGUGUAAAGAGUUUGAUUCCGAAUGUCUGCCACCGGUCGCCACAGAAUGGCCAGCACCACGACCACGCCCCUCAAUGCUGCAAGCAGUGGCAGUGGCGCCCUCUAUCGCCUGGCCUCAGCUGCCACGCCCACGCCCACGCCCCAUCAAAUGGGCACACAUCAGCUGUACGGCCAGUCGGCGCCGAAGCUCUACGCCGCCGGCUCCGUGGCCAAUGGAGCGGAACGCAGUCGCCUGCUGGAGCUGCUGCGUGCCCCGAACAGCCUCGCAUCGCCCAGCCUGGAGCCAUCCUCGAAGGGUCUGCUGAAUGGACCCGGCCAGAAUAACUGUUUCCUCAACUGUGCAGUGCAGGUCUUGUGGCACUUGGACGCCUUUCGACGAUCGUUUCGAGGCCUGAACCAGCAUGUAUGCGGCGGCCAAGACUGUAUAUUCUGCGCUCUAAAGGAACUCUUCCAGCAGCUGCAGACCAGCUCGGAGCCGGCCCUCUGCCCGGAGCCCUUGAGGCGUGCCCUGGCCAGUGGGCCCUUGGCUGGACGACGCUUCCCCCUGGGCUGCCUGGGCGAUGCUGCCGAGUGCUUUGAGCUGCUGCUGCAUCGCGUCCACUCGCACAUCUCGUCGGACGAUGGGGACUCGUGCGAGUCCAGUGCCUGCAUUGCCCAUCGCCGCUUCGCCAUGCGAGUCAUCGAGCAGAGUGUCUGCAAGUGCGGUGCCAACUCCGAGCAGCUACCCUUCACGCAGAUGGUGCACUAUGUGUCCGCUUCGGCACUGACAUCACAGAAGAGCCUGGCCAUGCAGAGCCACCAGCAGUUGAGCUUCGGCCAGCUGCUUAGGGCUGCCGGCAACAUGGGCGACAUACGCGAUUGUCCGAACACGUGUGGAGCCAAGAUUGGGAUUCGUCGUGCGCUGCUCAAUCGUCCCGAUGUCGUCUCCAUUGGCAUCGUGUGGGACUCGGAGAGACCGGCCGCCGAUCAGGUGCACGCCGUGCUCAAGGCUGUGGGCACGAGUCUGCGCCUGGCCGACGUCUUCCACCAGGUCAGCGAGCAGCGCUGGGCCCAGCAGGCGCAGCACGAGCUGGUGGGGAUCGUCUCCUACUACGGCAAGCACUACACCACCUUCUUCUUCCACACGAAGCUGAAGGUCUGGGUCUACUUCGACGAUGCCAACGUCAAGGAGGUGGGUCCCAGCUGGGAGGGAGUCGUCGACAAGUGCAGUCGCGGCCGCUAUCAGCCGCUGCUGCUGCUCUACGCCGUGCCCCAGCCGCCCAGCUCCUCCUCGGGCAUGGACCAGCUGCCGCUUGUCGGCUCACUGCCAUCUCCAGCCGGCUCCGCCAUGAGUGCGGCGGCUCUGGCCUCGACUGUGGUGCGUCGGGCGGUGACGCCCAGUCCGGAGAAGCCCUGUCUGGGCAGCACUCGACGCGCCAUCACGCCCACUCCCCUGCGCACGCCCACCAAUGACUACCAGAACCUGAGUGUCAUCCAAAAGAACAUUUUCCCCAUGCCCAUGCCGAUGGCCAUGCCCAUGCCGAUGGCCAUGCCCAUGCCCAUGGCAGCGGGCACCGAUGAGACGGAUGCCUACAUCAGCCGCAAGACCGUGGAGCACGUCCUGAGUGCACAGUACCAGAAUCUCAGCGUCAUCCAGGACAAGAUCAGUGCCGGAGCUGGCGCUGUGCCCACCGCGAAUGCGGACAAGGACGGCGGCUUCCUCAAUCGGAAGCCCAUCGAGGCGAUGCUCAGCGCCCAGCUGGCACGGCGGCAGCACCUUCAGCUGCAGCGCAGCCACAGCGCCGAGUCGAGCUCCGGCCACGCCUCCAACGGCAGCUCGCCGCCCAGCGAUGGCCUGACCAUGCCCGAGCACCUGAACCAGCCGCGCAGACGCGACUCCGGCAACUGGUCGGGGGACCGCAACAGCGCCAGCUCGGCCAGCUCCACGACGCUGGACAAUCCCUACCUGUACAUGGUGGCCAAGCGGGGUGUGGCAGCGUCUGCGGUGCCGCAGAGUCCCACGCGGCACGGACUGCCCUACGACCCGGGCUACGACUCGUUCUCGCUGAGCUCCACGGACUCGUAUCCGCCCAAGCACAUCCUCAAUCCCCAGCUGGCCAAGAUACCCGAGGCAGCCAUGGGCAUGGGCGCUGCGGCAGCCGGCAAUGCUCAGGCAGCCGCGGGAGCUGGCGUCGGCCAUGGCAUGGCCCUGUCCGGGGACUGCGAGAAGCUCUGCCACGAGGCGGAUCAGCUGCUGGAGAAGUCGCGCAUCGUGGAGGAGUCGCACGAUCUGGAGACGGCCCUGGUGCUGUGCAACGCGGCCGCUGGCCGGGCACGCGCCGCCAUGGAUGCGCCGUACAGCAACCCGCACACGAUGACCUUCGCCCGGAUGAAGCACAACACGUGCGUGAUGCGCGCCCGCAGCCUGCACCGGCGCAUUCUGGUGGAGAAGGGCGCCGAGUCGGAGGCGAUGCCCGAGCUGAAGCACAUGCGGGAGGGCAGCACCAGCAGCGUGAAGCACGUGCGCCAGAACAGCAAGGAUCGCACCCUGGAGAAGGAACAGAUCCAGCUGCACCAUCAGCAGCUCCUGCCCAGCGCCGUCUCCAAGAGCAUUGAGAUCUACGCGACGCUCCCGAAGCGGAAGAGUCCGCUCAAGGCACUGGCCGCAGCCGCAGCCGCAGCCGCAUCGGGCUCCGGCUCUGUUGGCAUGGACGACAAUGCCAUCGAGUACGAGCAGCAGCAGGUGGUGGCCAGCAGUCCGGCCAGCAGCCAGAAGCCGGAGCGAGAGAGUCGCUCUCUGUUCGGGCGCAAGGACAAGGACAAGGAGAAGGAGAAGGAGAAGCGCAGCCGCAGCGAGGAUCGGAAUAAGCUCACGAGGGAGUUCUCGCUGACGGAGACGCUGCUGGUCAAUGCCAAGGACACGCUGAAGAAGCACAAGGAGGACAAGGACGAGAAGAAGGAGAAGGACAAGAGCGGCAAGAAGCAGCACAAGAUCCGCCGCAAGCUGCUCAUGGGCGGCCUCAUCCGCCGCAAGAAUCGCUCCAUGCCCGACCUCACCGAGGCCGUGGACGAUGCCCCGCCAGCGGUCAGUGCCCAUCAAUAUCACCUGCAGCUGCACCAUCCGUGCUCCGCGACAUCCGUGGUCGCCCUCAUGGGCAGCUCCGUAGACGACAGCGCCGUGGGUCUGGGCAAGCACGCCCUCGCCAUGAGCGGCUACAUCUCCGAGGGUCACUUCGACUAUCCCGGCGCUGGGCCGUGCCACAACAAUGUGGCAGGUGGCAGCGGCAACAGCAACAGCAAUGGCAUAGGCAGCGGCAGCGGCAGCAAUCCGAAUCCAAAUCUCGAGCGAAGCAAACUGAUGCGAAAAAGCUUCCACGGCAGCGGCCGGCAGCUGACGAUGCCCGUGCCCAAGGUGGCGCCGCCGCCACCCAUGCGGACCAGCUCCGCCCUGACGCCCCACCAGCAGCAGCAGCAGCAGCAGCAGCAGCAGCAGCAGUUCCACCACGAGGCCAAUCUGUCGAACCUCUCCGCCAUGAGCUCCAACACCUCGAUAAGCGAGGACUCCUGCCAGACCAUAAUCACGACCUGUGCCCAGGUGCACUCCGAACAGAGUCCGCUGAAGGAUAUGCAAAUGCUGGGCAUGGCGCAGGAGGAGCUGCCACUGCCACUGCCACUGCCACUGACACCGCCGAUGGAGCUGCCCCCGUAUCCGAGUCCGCCGCACUCAGUUUGCCACUCGCGGCAGGCCAGCGAGGACUUCCCGCCGCCGCCGCCACCCGAGCUCGAUCUGGAGCCGCUGAAUCAGCAGCUCAGUCAGCUGCAGCAGCUGGAGGCGGCCAGCAAGCAGCAGCGACAGCAGCAGCUGGACUCGCUGGAGGGCACCACCAGCAUCCUGGCCCAGCUGCAGCAGCGCCAACAUCUGCUGAAGCUGCGCAAGGAGCAGACAGGAGCAGGAUCGGGAGCAGGAGCAGGAGCAGGAGCGAGCGCCGGCAACAGCGUGGAUGCCAAUUGGCUGAAGGAGCUGCAGGCCAAGCAAUCGGCCGAUCUGCGAUCGAUGCAACGCAAGCUGGAGGCCUCCUCCCCGAGCAGUGUCCGUGAUCUGGCGCACCGCUUCGAGCAGACGGCCACCAUUCGGUCGUACGCCUCGCAGGAACUCCUCGCCCCGCCACGCACCCAGAUGAACGGCCUGCCCAGCCAGGCGAAGAUCGACGCUGAUGAGGUGGACUGUGCCGGACCAUCGCGUGCCUCCCUCCCGCUGAUGCUGCCCAAGCCCAAGUACGAGAUGUCCCAGUCGCAGAUUGCCGAGGAGAUACGCGAGGUGGAGCUCCUCAACUCGAUGGUGCAGCAGACACUCAACCAGAGUGCCGCCGCCGGUGCACCACCAAAGCGUGUGAAGAAGAAGAGCGUGUCGUUCUGCGAUCAGGUGAUACUCGUUGCAACCGCGGGCAACGAGGAGGAUGACGACUUUAUACCCAAUCCGAUACUGGAGCGUGUCCUGCGCACCGCCCAGCACCCAAACGAGAAAGUAACGGCCCAGAUGAUCCAGCAGCAGCAGCAGAACAUGCUCCGACUGCAGACGGAGCCACAGCCACGACAACAGCACCAGCAGCAGCAGCAGCAGCAGCAGCAAUUGCAGCUGCAACAUCAACAGCAACAGCAGCAGCAGCAGCCCUCGCCCAUGCUGGGAAGACCAGCGGCCACGGACAUGCAGCGAUAUGUGCAGAGAAUGCAACAGCAGCAGCAGCAACAACAGCAGCAACAGCAGCAGCAACAACAACAGCAGGAAAUGUACCGCCAGCAGCAGCAGCAACAUCGCACCAGCAUGAGUGGCAUCGUCAGCCAGCAACAUCUGCAACAGCAGCAGCUGCAGCAAGCGCAGCACCAGAUCGAUGCCCAGUACACCAGCAUGCCCCGGCCACUGCAUCAUCCUCAUCUGUUGCCACAAACCUACUCGGUGCAACUGCAAAAACACCAGCAACAUCAGCUGCAACAGCAACAGCAACAGCAACAGGCAUCGCCGCAACUGAGCCUGGGAUACUUCAGCAAUGGCCAGGCAGCGGCCAGCGAGCAGGUGCCGCUGCCUUCGCCUUACCAGCGUGUGCCACUGCCACAUGGCUACCAGCAACCAGGCGGAUCCUACUACCCCUUGCCAACCCAACAGCAGCAGCAACAACAGCAGCAGCAGCUGAUUAUUGCCAAUGGAAAACCUGUCCAGAAGAAGGUCAGCUUUGAGCCAGGGACCAAGGGCGAAGUUGAAUGCCUGCCACCGCCACCGCCGCCGCCUCAAACCAAGUUGGCCCUGCAGAAUGGACUGCCCGAGUCGGGCGGCCCUGGCCCAGGCCCAGGCCCAUUAGCUCCUGGCACAACGCCGGCGGCCAUCACAGCCAUACCCACCCGCGUCUACAACAAUGCCAUCGUGAAGGCCUCGGCCAAGGCCGUGGAGUGCAAUUUGUGCCGCAAGCGGCAUGUGAUUGCGCCCGCCGUCUACUGCACCAACUGCGAGUACUAUCUGCAGAUGCUGAACCAGCGCAGAUGAUGCACAGCCACGCCCACAGGCACAGCCACACUCCCGCCCACACCCACUGCCGGGACCACGAUUGUCUCUAGUGUAACUUUCUAGCCGUACAUGGAAACUGUUAAUCUCAAGCAAUGCAAUGCUGCCACGUCGCCCCCUAAGGAUCCGCACAGGAUGUAAAUAGGUUGUAGGUUGUAAAGCAAGGAGGAGGGGGAGGAGGGGAGGAAGGAAGCUCGCUGCCAGGCGGAGGAUGAACGAGGAUGAAACUGGAGGUUCCCGCACAGUCCCUUCUAUGGUUCCACAUGAGAAGUACCAACUGUGCCCCCACCCAACACACACCCACACACAUCAAUGUUCCCUGGCACACGCACACAAGCAUAUAUAUACAUACGCACCAAUGCCCCAUAUAUGUAUACUUGCCCCAACCACACGAAUAAGAAAUCUAACAUCAAAUGUCGCUACACAUCGAACAUCGGAUCAAUGCAUUCCCCGAAAGAAGCAACAUCCAAGGCCCCCAGCCUGGCCGGCCCCUCCCCUCGCUGCCGCAUAAGUGUUUUUUUUUUUCCUUUUUUAUCAUAAAAUAUAUUUUUUAUUUGAUAGUUAUAACCGAAUCGAUCCGUGUUUCGAUCCAUUUUAUUCAUAUGGUUAGCCAGAAGUUUGAAACUCAGUCGCUGAGCUUCCUUUUGUGAGCUGUUGUCCAACGGCACUCGCAUCUCAAAUCUUUUUUUUCUAUAUAUUAGACUUAGGCAUAGUUUUAAAUAUUACUUUAAAUUAUUUUCAAAGCAUACGUUUUUGAUUACGUUCAUUUUUUUUUAAUCUUUGUACUUAAAUAGCAUUUACCGACAAUCA